GUGAAGAAGCAUUGGAGCAUCAUGGGCUCCUUUUUAAAAGUUAGGUUUUGUUUGGGCUUACCUGAAAAUUUGUGACGUCACUCGGGGGUACGGAAGAGGGAUUGGGCAAUUCAAAUUUUUAUGGCGAGAUGUUUAAAUUUUCUAUGACAAUUUUUUUGGCAAAAAUUCGGAAAUGUUCUUGAUGCUUUUGGUAGCAUCGAGAAAAUUUUUUAAUGAAGAGAGAAGCUUCUGGAAAAUUCGAGAAAUUUUUGAAAUGUUCUAGAAACACUUGGAAAUUUCUGAUUUAUAUGUAGUUGUUUUUUCUGAAAUUUCCGACAUUUUUCUGAUUUUUCAAAAAUCCAAAUUUUCUCAACCAAUGUAUUUUUUAACACAAAAAUUAUCAAAUUUAGAUGUUUCAAUAAAUUUUCCUGAAACCCGUGUUAGGGCCUCAGCUCUCGCCCUCCUACGUCACGUGGUGUCAUGCUGUCCCAUUACGGCUUGAUCUACAAAAAAUGCGGAAUUUUUUUCUCAAAAAAAAUGUGACGUCAGAACAUUAACUUAACCAUGCAAAAUCAGUUCAAAAGUCUGCGUCUGAAUUCCCGCUAUUCUCGUAGAUCUACGUAGCUCAAACUGAAAUGGGACACUCUGACUACACGUGUCACAUCUUUCCGAUGGGGUGCAAUUUUCCGGGCUAUAAAGGCCGUAAACAACAGGGCUCGUGGAGCAAAACUUCCAUGCUUUGUUCAAGGUUCUUUGUGUUUUCUUCUUUUUCUUAAUGAUUUUUCAAAAAUCGUAUCACUAAAUAAUUUAACUACCUUAUCCUUAUCCUUAUCACCCCAAAAAACUACCAAAGUAAGCUGCCGGUGCUCCUCCAAAAGUGACGUUUGACUAUUUGCUAAUCACAUAAAAAGUGAGCAAACAUGUUGCCAUGUUUCCGGAGCUUCUUCGCCAGGGACAUCCAUGACCAUUACACGUUUUCACGGGGAGAUAAAGCUCAUCGAGCAUUUGGGGCGAGCUCAAGUACCCGCACUUUCCAACUCGAAACAGAAAACCAUCAUCAAUCGACACAACAUCAUAUAUCGAGUUUCUUUUGCUCAUUCCGUUUUGCGUUAAUUGGUUCACACAUUUACAAAUAUACACACACACACACACAAGUCAACAGCACGCUUCAGUUGACCUCUCACUUUUUCGUAAAGUUUUACAAGAAUGCUUCAACUUCUACUGUUUCUAAUAUUUUGCUCAUUUACCAAUGCUUCUUCCUGUCAAGAUAAGAGUCCAUAUUGUAAUCCGAAUGAUUGUGAAGUACGUCCUGGAUAUGCUAUGGUGUACUGUAGGAAGACUUGUGGAAAUUGUGCAGAUUUUUGCGAGGACUCGAAAUUUAUUACGUGUAGUGCCGAACGGAAGAAAGAUUGCGAUGAUAUGCUAUCUGACUACUGCCCGAGGUUAUGUGGAAAAUGCUACGCAAAGUUGAAGCCUGACUCUAAGCGGACAAAAACUAUUCCUGUUACUCAAUUCAAGAGAAACCCAGCAGCCACCAGCACAACGACGACCACAACUAGAAGUCCCUCGAUUCGAAUGAAGCAGCCCCGUAUGCUUCCCAAUGGGACAUUCAUCAACCCACCACUGCCGAAAUACGAGAAGCUGGAUGACACUACCUACACGAUACCGGAGCAUCCGACGGUGAUUGACUAUCCGAUCGCUCAUAUGGAAGAGCUGAUGAUACCCGAGCCACAGAGAAUAUGGCCAGAGCCGGAGCCGAUGAGAAUCGAGCCUAUCAGUGUGUACAGUCCGUACUCGUUCGUUCCAGUUCAACCGCAAGUUUCACAGCCAUACUCUCCCUGGUCCCCGACCCUCGGACUCAGUUCAUCUCUUGACUCUUCUCGCCGUGCACCACAAAAUUACUUCUCAUCUUACUCCCAAUACCCUCAGUACCCGGACGAAAAGCUCAACACAAUUGCUCCAAAUCCCAUGCAACUUGUCGAGCCAUUUCUGACUCCUGGGCAAAACGAUCUGAAUCCAAAAUCGAUGUCCUCACUGAUAAAUCUCCUGGGGUGUAAGGAUAAGGAUGAGGUGAUUUGUAAGCACGUGACUGCGGAUACAUGUCUCUCCCGACCUGGAUAUUAUCUUAAAUUGUGCCCGGUUACUUGUAAAAAUUGCAGUGGAUACCAAUGUAUCGACUCCAUCAAAAUCGACUGCGCUGAGGUGAAGGCUCAAGGAGCAUGUAAGCUUUCAGUGGCCAGUGAGUACUGUCCAAGGACCUGUGAGUACUGUAAUCCGCCAAGCGAUAUGGCUAAGACCAUGUCCGACUGUAAAGAUGAGCUCGAGACAUGUGAGCAGUUGGCAGAGAGCGGAGCUUGUCAGCAUGACUUUAGCAAAUCAGCCCUCCGUCUGUACUGUGCAAAAAGCUGCGGAUUCUGCAAGAUCCCGCAGUUCUACUUUUCCGACUCUCCUCUUAUGGCGUCAGUGGUUUCGACACGAAAACUUAUGAAAAGCUCAUUAAACCGGAGGGAUCGGUUUUUAGGAUAACUUUAUGUGUAUUAUUUUUUUAUUUUUUCCAAUUAUUAGAUCUCUUAUUUUAACUUAAUGUAUUAUUGAAUUUUGAUUUGACAUAAAAUAAUAAAACUUGAUAUUAAA